AUGCGAGCGGCGGGGAGGGCGAGCGUGUUGUCGCCGACUCUUAAUGUGGACGGGUCGUACACAGCAGGGGACAUGAAAGGGUGGAGCAACGACACCAUUGUUGGCCCCACUGGUGCAUCGAUCUAUCUCGGCGCACCGCUCGCGCUCAACCCUGAUGGCUCCGUUGGUUUCGUUCCUCCCAGCAGCAACUACUCCUAUAACCGGACCGCCAACAGCCUGACGUUCGGCAAGGAUUACGUCGUGACGUGGAGUGAGACAGGAUUCACCUCCGCUGUCGACUCCACGGGCGCAAAUCUCAAAGGCGUCAGAAACCCCACCGAUGGAUCCGUCACUGUUGAUGGCGUGUACACUGCCACCGAUGGAUCCGUCACUGUUGAUGGCGUGUACACUGCCUACGCCAACAGCACGCUCAUCAGUCCCGGCAUUGUGGUGGUCGUGAAUGGACCGACUGCCAGGUUCAGCAUGCGAAAGACAACAUUCCUGAAGAACGGAACGAUCGUGGGCGCCUCGGGAAAGCCAGUUGUGCCGACUGCCAAUGCGGACGGAUCGUACACUGCAGGGGAUCUGCGUGGGUGGAGCAACGACACCAUUGUUGGCCCCACUGGUGCAUCAAUCUAUCUCGGCGCACCGCUCACACUCAACCCUAAUGGCACCAUUACUUUUGCCAGCAAUGGUGGCGCUAGUGGCAGUGCUCCUUGUGCUGCUCCAUCUCCUUGUGCUGCUCCUUCUUCUGCUGCUCCUUCUCCUUCUGCAGUUCCUUCUUCUGCUUCUCGGCCUCCUCCUUCUUCUCCUUCUCCUUCCGCUUCUCCGGCUCCUCCUUCCCCACCCAAGGCUGCAAGUUUGCUUGAUACACCGGUCACUGCUCUCACUGCUGUCAUCACUAUGAUGCUUGGCACAAUCCUAUUCGUGUAA